AACUCUCCAAUGGCCCAAUCCAUAAAACUCCACAUAACUACAUAAGGCCAUAAUCUCAUCUCUUCUCACGAAAAAGCAUAUCUAUCUACAAUCUACAAUCUACAAUCUACAAUCUACAUAAUCCUUUCGUAGCACUGUUUAAGUCCAUUUCCAACCUUCUCUUUUUCAAUGCAAGCAGCAUUGGCAGCCAUGACAGCGCACACCAUUCUCGCUUCCCACCCUACAUUAUCUCUUGUCUCUCCUUUUUCCUCACCCACUACAAGUACAAUCUCAACUUCUCUUAACUCCUCUACCUCUUCCUUCAAUGGCCUCUCUUUCAAGCUUUCCUCUCAAAUACAAUCUCUCUCUGUGUCUACUUCUGUGGCCCCUAAACCCCUCACCAUUGUUGCCGCCUCCAAAAAAGCUGUUGCUGUUCUUAAGGGCACUUCCAAUGUUGAGGGUGUCGUCACUUUAACCCAAGAAGAUGAUGGACCAACUACAGUCAACGUUCGUAUUACUGGACUUACUCCUGGGAAACAUGGAUUUCACUUGCAUGAAUUUGGAGAUACAACAAAUGGGUGUAUUUCUACAGGGCCACAUUUUAAUCCUAGUAGCAUGACACAUGGUGCUCCGGAGGAUGAAAUCCGGCAUGCGGGUGACCUGGGAAACAUUGUUGCUAACACAGAUGGAGUGGCUGAGGCUACCAUCAUUGAUAAUCAGAUUCCGUUGAGUGGAGCAAAUUCUGUUGUUGGUAGAGCCCUUGUGGUCCAUGAACUUGAGGAUGACCUUGGCAAGGGUGGACAUGAACUGAGUCUGACUACUGGGAAUGCUGGUGGCAGAUUGGCUUGUGGUGUUGUUGGUUUAACUCCUCUGUGAUCUUCCCAGUUUGUCUCGGAAAUGUUGUUCGUGGAAGAACUUCAAUGCUAAAGGUUUCGGAUACCAUUGUUAAUGAGUUAAAUCGCUGGUGCCAUUGAACUAUGAACUUUAUUUUCUUACAACUCCUGACUCUAGGAGGAUGUAUCUUAUUCUGUACCGAGAUUAUGCUUCUUCAUGCUAGAAAGAGUAUUCUUUUUCUGGAGAACCGAUGAUAAUAAUAGUCUGCAAUGUUGUACCUUGUCUCUUA